AGGAAGGUUUCCACUAGUUACCAUGGCAACAAAUUGGCUAUAUCGUAAAAUUAAUGAAAACUAAAAUGUGCUUUGUGGUCUUAAUUUAAGGUUAGGCAUAAGGUUAGCAGUAUAGUUUAGGCUUAAAAAUCACAUUUAUAGAAGUUACAUUGUAGAAAUACGCGGGGUUUAUGACUUUGUGGCUGUGGUAAGUAGAGACGACCGUGUAAAAAUUGCUGCAAUGUUUACGUGUUGUCUGGGAUGCUGCGGAGAUGGGGGAACCGGGAAUAUUCCUCUCAAAGAAAUGCCCACCGUCCAGUUAGACACGCAUCAUAUGGGCACCGAUGUAGUCAUAGUGAAGAGUGGCCGGAGAAUAUGUGGCACCGGUUGUUGCCUUGCCAACGCUCCCCUGCACCAAAACAAGAGUUACUUUGAGCUCAAGAUCCAGUCCACAGGUAUAUGGGGGAUAGGUGUGGCCACUCAGAAGGUGAACCUGAACCAGGUCCCCAUGGGGCGGGACAUCAACAGCCUUGUCUUGAGGCAUGAUGGCUCGGUGUACCACAACAACGAGGAGAAAAACCGCCUGCCUGCCAACAGUCUUCCACAGGAGGGGGACAUCGUGGGCAUCACAUAUGACCACGUGGAGAUGAAUCUCUAUCUGAAUGGGAAGAAUAUGCACUGUCCAGCCUCAGGGAUCAGAGGCACCGUGUUCCCGGUGGUUUAUGUGGAUGACAGCGCCAUCUUAGACUGCCAGUUCAGUGACUUCUACCAUUCGGCACCGCAAGGCUUCGAGAAAAUUCUGUUUGAGCAGCAGAUCUUCUGAGCAUCACCUCCGUAUACCUCCAGACCUUUAUACAUACACACGCACACAACCCUCAGCUAAAAGUGCUCCUUUUUGGUCUGCAGAAAUCUGUGACCUCUUCGUUCCGUCUGGUUUGAGUAUCCCUUUGUUUGUGUGUGUGUGUGUGUUGUGUUGCGUCCUGGUUACUCUCUGCUUUAAUGCUGUUCUGGGUCAAUGUGGGUAGUUUAGCUCUUGUUUGAUGCCAACACUGGAGCAGUAAGAAAACAGAUCCCCAGACAGCAGUGAAUGGCAUAGAGUAGACAAAGUGUGGUGUGCAUUUGCAACUGAAAGACAGUCAAGUCAGUCAAUAUCUAUUUUAUUCAGUUAUAAUCAUCCUGCAUUGCCUCAAUCUUUUAUGGUUGCUGCUUCUUUCAGAAAAGAGAGUUUAAGCAAUGUAUAGGUGUUUUCUUAUUUAUAUUUAUUUGUUAAAAGCUGACACUAAUGUUCAAUGUUUUGUUUCCCUGAUAAUUUACUUCUAAUUCUAGAUUUAAUUAUAUGUAUUUUGAUUUGUUAUUUUGAUUAUGAUCUGUCUUUAAAAGUAAUUUGUCACGGCUCUGAUUGGCAUUCCAAAUGUCAGCAAUCUGGCGAAGUUCUGCUCAUUGGCUGUAUUCGGGGAUGUGACAUUUUCCAACCCUACUGUAUUUCACCGGUCAGAUAAAUGCAUAUCCUCCUUUGAAGCGUGAAAACGGUCUUAAAUGUUAAACGCUUAUUUUUGUUUGCACUAAUGAGAUGUAUGUUGAAUAUUAAACCAAAUACAAUAAAGAAACUUGUCUCUGAAAGCAUA